GGCCGCCGCAAGUUUGUGCAAAUGAACGUAACGUCCAAAAUAAUAACAAAAAAUAAUGACGAAUUCAUCAAUCGAGACUGUAUUGUUGCAGCAGACGGAUUUAAAAAAUGCGACACACUAUCAUAGAUCCACAUGCGCGUGAUUUAAGAUGCGGUGUAUGCAUACAUGUUUACAUUGUUAUAGGUAGAGAGAACACUAGGACCAGAAUUCGCGACAGGAUUCAGAAAGUUAGUGGUGGUCCCCCCCAUUUCUUAAAUCUAGUGCAAAAAACACCUCCCCAGCAAAUGAUUAUGUGACAGACGAACGGUGAUUAGUGAGAUAUCCUUUUGUUUCCUCCUUCAGAAAUGGGAUGGCUUUAUUCAAUAAUAUUAUAAUAACACAAAAUGGAUCCUGUGGGACCAUGGUCAGCAUAUGCAUCUUAUAAUCGUUUGACGGCGGGUGUGUCGGCGACUACGACAGCUGGUGAACUGCACCAUUUACCGUCCAGUACCACUGGAGGUACACCACCAGUGCCAGCAACGACGACCACAACAACAACAACAACGCAAUUACUUCCAGGAGGUUUCCUUUCAUCACCUCAAGGUGCCUAUGAUGUGUUCACGCCUUUCUUCCAUCAUGCGGGCACGAAACCACCGGCACACUAUGUAACGCAACGACAGUCAUUAAGUAAGCAGCCAGAGGGUGAGUUUCACCAAACUCCUGCAUUUUUUGAGCAGAAUCAUCCUGCAUGGCAACAGAAUAGCCCCUUCGGUAUUCUUCCGCACGAAUCAGUAGUGCCCACGACGACUGCCAAAGGCUACGAGAACUUCAAUGCUCACUUUGCUGCGCAAAGUAUAAACCACUUGAAUUCGCUAGCUGCUAAGAAUGCAACUGCAAGAGUCCAGAGCCCGCAGGUGGUAGCAACGACGACUAAAUCUCAAGGAAACGCGACGUUCUUUCAAGUGCCAGUGACAUUUACAAUUAGUGUAGACAGUUCUGUGAGUAAGCAGAUUUACGCAACAACAAAUGCCCAGAAUAUUCAACAAUCGUGUAUCGUCACAUCAAGUAAUGCAUCGAUACCUGGAAACAGUAGAGGAGUACCAGUCACCGGAGCGUCUUCACGGGCUGGUAGCUUCCUUCCAUCAAAUGCUGCCUGUAUUGCUGUUACGAAACCGUCAUCAGCACCACAGGUCCAGACGAAAGCGCAGAUUAAAGUGUACCCGGAGAUAGCUAUUCAAAAUGAACGAAAUAACGAUGAACAACAGCAGAGUAGUCCUAUAAGUUUCUCAAUGGAUGCGCCAAGACUGAGCUAUGCCAAUUCUACAAGUAACAAUACUAACAAACGGCCGUUUCAGACCAACUAUAGGCACUACCAACAGGGUUCAAAUAACGAAAGCUCUGACUUUCAACGAGUUGCCAGUGUUACGACAAAUGGAAAUUCCGACUGUAAUAUCGCUGUGUCAAGACGAUCAAGUCCGUUGCUAGCUCAUUCACAAGCAUCACCCAUUGGCCAUGCACCUAGCCCUGUGUAUCCACAAUACAAUAGUCCGAUGAGUACUAGUAUAUCUUCUCCUCAAAGUAACAAUCACAUGACGCCACCAAGUCCGUUGGAUGCAUCAGUACCUAGACCGAGCCCACAAAGUAAUAUUGCGUAUUCGAGCGUAAUAACUAGAGCGUUAAAUACUGAUAAGCAAUUUCCUGAACGCUUUGAGCGACAAAAUCAAGUAUGUUGGGAAGACAGGAGAAAAUUUAAUGCAUACAAUGCUACUAACACUACUGUUGAUGUUGUCACAUCCAGUAGGACAGAAUCUGUUCCGAGACAAGCUGGAAAUGUGACUAUAUCGGAACAUCAAGCAUAUUUUGAUGGUCAAGUUCCUUUACAAGAUUUAUCCAGCUGCCGCGGUGAUCCUAUGAGUAUAGUCAAAAACUUGCAGCAACAGCAAAGUUGUCAUUUGCAACAAGUGGAAAUAAAACAGGAAGUUAAAAAGAGAAAAAGCGAUGAAAAGGACUCACGUAUGCCACCGCCUGCGCAUAGUACCGGUGCCAACCAACCACCACCGCCUGUUCCACAAAACGGAACAUUUUAUUAUUCCGAUCGUUGGAAUUUACAGUCUGCCUCUAAAAUAUUUACGUCACAAAAUCUACCUCAACAUCAGGGUUUAAUUAUUCAUCCUCAUGGACACCAUCCACCACCGCCUAUACCGUAUUUCACACCUUACCAUCUACCGACAUCUCAUCCGACGGAAUAUCCUUCUUCCGUUGAAUUAACACCGUUAUCAAAUUACAGUGAGAGUCCCACGCAGACUGCACACUACCAGCAGCAAAUAGAUGCACAGCCUAAAGUUGUUGUGCCCAAUAUUGAAGAGGAAUUGAAGUUUUUAAAUGGAUCUAAUCCACUAACAAUAUCUCGACCUCCGCAGCUUCACCAAAGCAAAACAAUUAAUCCUCCAAAUAUUGCUAAGCCAGCGGAUGUUAAAUCCACCGGACCUGGUGCUGGGUUUAUGAGUAGUUAUAUCAAAUUUCUACAAGGAGAGCGUGACUCUUCUCCUCCACCUUCGGCAAGAGCUCCUAGAACGUACUCCAGGACGAAGAUUGUUAAAGAAAAUAAAGAUUCCAUUAAUGGUGUGAAACCUAUCCUUCCUCCAAUCACGCAACCACCGCCCCCACCACCGGUGAUUACAAGGCUGAGUCAAGGAGAUCCACAAGACGAUCCUCGGUACUUUCCAUUGCCGAAAGAGAGAAAGCAAAAUAGUUUCGAUACUUCCGAUGACGGAAUAAGUUCAGAUGAUGAUAUAUUCAGAAAGAUGCCGCCCUUGACUAAAGAUGGUGUAGUGAAAACUGGCAAAAAGGGAAGACCCUGCAAGGCCGGUGGUCCAAAAGAUAAAAAGAAAAUUAAAACUAAAAUUAAAAGCAAAAUGAAAGUUGAUAAUGUUACGGAUAUAACUGAUGUUCCUAGACGAGAGACAUGCAAACGAGCUGCAAAGGAUAGAGUCCACUUGCAGAAUAUUAUUACGAAAGGUGAAACUAUCGACGAACCUGAAGAUUUUGCAGAUUCUGAUUCGGAUCCUGCUUGGACUCCGGCAGCUAAAGAAGACGUAGAAGAAGAAGUACCAUCAAAGAAAGGAAAAAGAAAAUUUGGUGGUAAAAAAAAAGCCACCAGGAAUUUAAUAACAGCAGCUGCUGAAGGUGCUGGCAUUCAAGUGGACAACAUUGAAGAUUACUUAAGUGAUUCUUCAAUGACUCAAACUAAAAAACAGAAAGCUGCAUACCAAGUGCAUAAAACAGUUAACAAUCCGGCACGGACGCUGGAAGAUAACAUUGAAGCAAAUUUGGUGCAGCAGCAUAAUAAUAUAGUAAGAUCGGCACCAGUUCUUAAUAAUAACGGAAACACGACGUAUCCGUUUAAGCCUGGGGAGUUUGUUGCCGUUGAAUCUGAAUUGACUCAAAAUUGGCCGAUUAUUUGGAGGUUCGAUGGCAAAUCUCGAUUACAAAAAUAUCAGCCGUUUAUUCAGAAUGGCAAUACAUUAUAUAAAAAUAUUUCAACGUAUACCUCAUGGACACCUGAUAGUAAAAACCAAUAUAUUUCAAUACCCGUUCGAUUUCAUUCACAAAACAAUUUGGAAAUAAUUGUUGAAUUUAUGAAGCACGAAGUGAUGGUUCCUAAUCCGGAGUUCAUUUCUAAGUGUAUAAAAGAAUGUGAAAUUUAUCAAGACAAUUUUGAAGUGUAUAUUCAAACCCUUAUAUCACAAUCUUUAGACAGCAAUUUCCUUACAGAAAUAUUCCAAGAACAAGAUGAGUAUUUCUUAUCGAAUGUGAAGGUAAUUGAUGAUAUAACUAUUAACAAGAAAAAUAAACUGAUUGGUGCUUUGCGCUGGCCUUCGCAAUUGCAAGCGGCGUUAUCAACCUGGCCCUGUUUUAAUUUAACAAAGGAUUUUCUUACUAAGGAAAUAUUAAGCCAGAAUUGCGCUGCUUGCAAGCAACCUACAGUCUCGAUCAGGUUACUUCUAUAUGGUCAACCAUAUAAUUCAACUACUUUGGAAGGAUGCGCUCCUGAUCCCAAAGCAAUCAACGAUAAGGACUUCGUAAUGUGUCGACUUUGUGGAAAUAAUGUUGAACUUUUCAAUAAAAUUACACACCAGAAGUAUCUGAUGUAUAUAGAAUGCGCUAAACGAGUUACAGAUAAACGUACUAUGGAUCCAAGGAAAGAUACGACUUGUAUUUUAAACGAGUUAUUAGCAGAUGAAUCUUGGCUGAAUCAGUUAUUUUCAAUGGUGAGGACGUCUUGGGCGAACGUUGAGAGUGUUGAACGAAAUUUUCUCAUGAGACAUUUGAAAAGUGAUACAAACAGUGUUGUGAAAUAGAUAUUUAAAAGAAAAACAAACAUUUUUUAAAACCAACAAAAAUUGUAAAUAAGAUGUAUAAUUAUAUAUUAAAGAAUUUAUUAUAUUAUAUAGUAUAAAUCUAGAAUGUUUUCGAAAGCUCGUGUUAAAUCGAAAUGAAACGCAAGGAAAAUUAAAAG